UUAGCUGCAGACGUCCGGCAGCCACUCACCCUGCGCCCAGGUCUCCUGGCUCUGGAAACAGCUCCGGCUCGGCCUCCACCAUGGGCCUCCGCCCCAGCGCCCGCGCCUCCUGUGCCAGGGCCAGGCCCGCGCGCGUCCUGCAGCUGCUGCUGCUGCUGUCACUGCUCCUGACCACCGUGGUUCCCACCUACGUCAGGGAAGGUAAGCAUUCCGACAAUGUCCUGUGUGUUGGGCUGCAAUGCAGGUGUGAGAGGACGCUCUCUUGGAUUCAUCCCAGCUUUAUUCGUCAUGUGGAAAUAGCCAACCCGGGAGAACAUUGCAGCAACGUCGAAGUGAUAGCCACGCUGAAAAGUGGAAGGAAAGUCUGCCUGAACCCAGACUCCCCGGUGAUCAAGAAAACAGUCUAUGAAAUGAUGGAUGGUGAUGACGAGGAUGAGUGAUCUGCCAGUCUCUGCCAAACCUUUUUACCUACCAGGAGGAGCAGGAUUUUUAAGUCUUGACUUUAUAGGGUUCUUAUUUAUCCAGGAUACCCAUGCUGCUGUAUUAAAAUUUGGAUAUGUUUUUCAUUCUGUAUCAAAAAUCACAUUUUACUCCGAGAAGACUUGUUAAAAGAUAAUACAAAGAUGAAAUAAGCAAACCUAGUUUCAACAGCAAAUAUAUAUGGUUUACUGCCUAAUUCUUAGAUUAACAUUGUACCCUCCUCUGCAUUUCUUUAUUUGAAAAUUCCUUUCCCAAUGUAUUUGUGGUAAUUUUUCUUGCAUUUGUUUACUUUUAGACUAGACAUGCCCAGAAUGAUUAAUAGAUUCCAUAAUGGUCCAUGAUACUAGGAUUCACACAGAGCCCAACAUAGAAUAAUUGCUCAAUAAAUG